UUUCCACCGUUAUCCGAAGUGGUUUGCAGAGAUAAUUUUAGGUCUGUCGCAGUUUCGUUGUAUUUUUUUCUUGGUGAAUAUUCAUAGGCAUUAAUUAGAAGUGUUUUAUGCUGAACUGAAGAUUUGAACUCCAGAAAACCGAUGGAGUGGCUUUUGCUAUUUACAACCAUUACUCUUUUUCUCCAGAUAUGGACGGGAGGAUUUUGCCAAGAAACCAUACCAUGUCAGCCCGGCUUUUCAUCCGACAACUUUGUCUUCACAGUUCACAGAGAACGACUGCAACGGGGUGAAAUACUGGGUCGAGUGGAUUUUGACAUCUGCACAGAUCAGAAUAGGUUCCUUUUCAUUUGUGAUGAUAAUCGGUUCAAAGUGGAAAUCGAUGGAACAAUUAAAGUGAAGCAUGACAUUAAAUUGCACCAUGGACAGAUAAACUUUUCCAUUCAUGGAUGGCAUUCAGUGGGCAAAAAAAUUACCAGCCGCGUCACCGUGGAAUACCAAAGACCCCAUCACACAGGACAUGAACUCAACGAUCAGACAAAAUCUCAAAAUAUUCAAAUGUUUCCUCAUCCUUCUUCUGGCCUUAAAAGACACAAGAGACAACAGUUGACGGUUCGCCGCAUUGGUAUUCCUGAAAAUCAAAGGGGACAGUUUCCCAAACAAGUGGUGCAGAUAAAAUCCAAGAAGCCGAAGAAUUCCAUUUUACACUAUAGCAUAACUGGACCAGGUGCUGAUUUACCCCCAGUAGGACUAUUUAUAAUCGACAGAGACAGUGGCUGGAUACUAGUAACUGAAACCCUGGACCGAGAAAAGCAGUCUGAAUAUUUGCUUACUGUACAUGCUGCUUUUAUAAAUGGGACUUCAGCACAGGAUCCUCUGGGAAUUAUUGUGUUUGUUGUGAUGGAUGAAAAUGAUAACAAACCUGAAUUUAUCAGCAACACCUUUAUAGGAAAUGUAAACGAAGGAUCACAGCCAGGUACGUCAGUUAUGACUGUAACCGCUACUGAUAAAGAUGAUCCUACUACAGACAAUGGUAUGUUUAAGUUUUCAGUUCUGAGCCAGACCCCACCUGUUCCCCAUCCACAAAUGUUUACCAUUGACCAAGAUACUGGGACCAUUCGUGUCAUCUCAGCUGGACUGGAUAGAGAGAACGUGAGUGAAUAUACACUAGUAAUCCAAGUUGCAGAUAUGAAUGUACCUGGAUUCUCAAAUACUGCUACUGCUUCCAUUGCUGUUCUAGACCAAAAUGACAAUGCUCCACAGUUUAAUCCAACAAAUUAUAUUCAGAAUGUACCAGAAAAUGCUGUGGACUUUGAGGUUGUGAGACUGAUAGUGACCGAUAAUGAUGAACACCACACACCGACUUGGAAUGCCAAAUACCGGAUUGUUAAAGGGAAUGAUGGAGGCAACUUUGGCAUUACUGCAGAUCCAGAUAGUAAUGAUGGAAUUGUUAAAACUAUUAAGGGUCUUGAUUUUGAAGCCAAGCAACAAUAUAUACUUCUCGUCACAGUUGAAAAUGAGGUACCAUUUUCCACUCCUUCAUCAACUUCCACAGCUACACUUACAGUGACAGUAGAGGAUGUCAACGAGGCUCCAGUUUUCAUUCCACCAACGCUGUCUGUUCCUGUUAAAGAAGAUGUGCCUUUGAACACUUUCAUAGCAACUUACCAAGCAAAAGACCCAGACAUAGAAAUGAAGCAGACGGUAUCAUACUGUAUUGGUAAUGAUCCUGCAGGAUGGCUGAAUGUGGAUAAAGAAUCUGGAAUUAUUACUGUCAAGCAAGCUAUGGAUAGAGAGAGUCCAUUUGUGAAAAAUGAUAAAUAUACAUCACUCAUAUAUGCUUAUGAUAAUGUUAAUCAUCCAGCCACAGGUACCGGAACACUUGUACUCUUAUUGGAAGAUGUAAAUGAUAAUGGUCCAGUGGUGGACGUCGUGGGUGACGUGCACUUUUGUAACCAGAAACCUCCACCACAGGAAUUUUCUGUUGUUGAUCCGGAUUCUGUAGGAAAUGCCGGACCCUUCAGGGCUGAACUGUUGCGUGAAGCCAGAAUGAACUGGGCUGUCAGUAUGAAUGAUACAGAAAACAAAAUCAUUCUUUCUAUGGCAACACAACUACCACCAGCGGAAUACCAAAUUAUUGUUCGAGCAUAUGAUAAUGGAAACAACUACCAGGACACUACGUUGAAAGUGAUUGCGUGUGACUGCACAGGAGAUAAAAUCCAUUGUCCAAAGGCAGGCAAUCCUGCUACUGUAUGGCUAGCUGUUUUGGGUAGUUUGUGUGCUGUCUUUGCUCUACUGAGUAAGUAUAUUAAAGAAUUUACUUUAAUUGAGCCAUUGACCGCUAGUAGUGUGUUUUUACCACUUAGAAUUCUGAUUGUGUUAGGUUGUAAGGGGCAUGUUAUGAUUUUCAAAUCUUUUUUUCCUUUAUUCUUUAUAGUUAUUUUACUUCUGUGGCUUAGAAGAAUGAGAAGGGUGAAAAAGGAGACAUUCCUUCCAGAGGAUGAUGAUGAUAAUCGUGGGAGUUUAUUCAAUUACAAUGAAGAGGGAGGUGGUGAAGAAGAUAAUACGGAGUAUGAGUUAAUACAGCUGCAUAGAGGCUUAGAUGCACGUCCAAGGCUCUACAGAGAUGACGUAGAACCAUCUGUGAUGCCUGCCCCACAGUACCAGCCCCGUCCAGCUAAUCCAGAUGAUAUUAUGAGCUUCAUUGAAGAUAACUUGAAGAUGGCAGAUAAUGAUCCAAGUGUUCCUCCAUACGAUACACUGCUAGUAUUUCAUUGUGAAGGUGCUGGUUCAGAUGCUGGUUCUUUAAGCUCAUUAAAUUCUGACAGCUCAGGAGGUGAUCAGGACUACGACUUUUUAUAUCAAUGGGGACCCCGCUUCAAAAAACUUGCCGAUAUGUAUGGAGGUGGAGAAGACUAAAAGUAUGUCCUCCAGUAACAUGUGGCUUUUGAUGGGCUAAUAUGUUGCUAUGCAGGACUUCCAGUAAUAUUACUAAACUCCCAUUAUUUUCAUACGUCCAAAAUGUGGGCAAAUUUUCAGUACCUAUGUUCAGCUGCACAGUGAAGUUUUUGUGUUUGGUUUUAUUCAGCAUCUUUUGUAAGAGGGCAAAUAUUAGCAACGUAAAACUGGUUUUUGUAAGACUGUUAAUUACCUUUUUAAAUUUUUUUCUACAACAUUAUAAACAAAAUAUUAAUGCAUUCUUUAUUUUUCUGCAUUACAUUUACUAUUUGAAUUUUGGUUACUUUUGUAUUGAAAUGUAAUCUAAAAGGAACAGAUUUAUUUAU